AUGAUCAAUACAGGUAUAUAAUUUUUUGUUAUCUCUUAAGGUUGAUUUCCAGCACUGUGUAAUUUUAAGGUGAAAAUAUUUCAUGCGCUAUAUUGAAUGAUUUAAUCAUUGAAGUAACUAAUAGCUAAUAUAUGUGCUUAAAACCAACAGACUCAAGUACGCCUUCUGCUCUACCAGAGUUAUCUUUACCCGUUUCAUCGCCAUCAGACCUCGGAACAGUCAUGGAAGUGACUAUGUUCUCUGCCCCGCCAAGCCCUCCAUCGGGUACAAGGAUUGAGGAAGGUAACUAUAUAUAUAUAUAUAUUGAAAGAUACAGAGGGUUUAAAAAAAUUACACACAGUUUUGUGUUUUUACCAAAGAGGCCCCAAAGAUAUACUAACUGUUUACUAGAAACGCUAGUUUUACCUAUUAGUCAACUCUGAAGUUAAACAAAAUAGACAAUACUACUUGACAACUUAUGAACUGAUGACCUACAUUGUAUAACCUUGGACUAUCAUUUUUUUCCCUUCGAGCCAAGUCCCGGCAUCAUCGAAUCUUCCAUCAAAGAGCCUCUCCUGGGAGACGACACUGACACGGCCAACCCAAACAAUCAUGUAACAUUCCAGCUAGUAGAAGAAGGGAGCAAGCGUCGCAAAACGAAACUAGUGGAUAGCUUGGGAUACAGCUACAACGUCAGGUCCAAACGGUCUUACGCAACGUAUUGGCAAUGCAUUGUUCGUCCUCAAGGAAAUGCUUGCAAGGCUACGGUAAUCCAAUGGGACGGACCUUUUCAAGCGGGGGCCAACGCCCAUAACCAUUCUUCAGAACCAGGGGCAGUGACAGCAGCCAAAAUCAUAAAGUUGGUAAAAGAGAAUGCUCUGGAGGAUAAGUUCAAGCCAGCUUCAGCAAUAGUGGAAGAGGUAUUUAAAUUGCACCUUACUGACUUUCAAGUGAACUCAGCUAAUGGGAAAUUUUCAAAUCCGAAGUUUUCUAAUACCUAAUUUUCUCUGUCCUAAAUAUUUGACAAUUUAAAACAUUCUACAUAAACUUUUCAAAGACUUUUCAUUUUUGAGAAAAAUAGCUGAAAGACGGUCCACUUGAUAAUUGUUAAGUAAUGUUUUUUAUUUUCCUUUCUUUUUUUUUAAGGUCUUGUUGAAUGAACUGAACACGGGUUGUCCAGCACUCUCUAAGCCAGAGCAUAUUGCUCGAGCUGCGAACCGUUUACGGCAGAGACUUCGCCCGGAGGAUCCAAAGGACCUUGACUUGGAAAUAAUGGAAGACUGCAUUCCACAAGGGUUCUUCCAGGCAGAAGUUUACGUCAAGGAAAGAAGACAUCUCAUCUUCGCUACAGACAAACAACUUACGACCCUCGCAAAAGCCAAGUCUUGGUAUCUUGAUGGUACUUUCAAACUUGUGCGCAAACCUUUCCAGCAGCUGGUAACGAUUAAUGCCUUCGUUCGCUCUGGCGAUCACACAAAACAAGUACCACUGGUGUUCGUCCUCAUGUCCAGGAAGAGUACGAAAGACUACAAAAAAGUAAUUAUCUAUUUAGAGUUAUUUAUGUAUCCUAAAGCAUAGUGCAAUAAAAUUUCUGGCAUGUAUAACAUCAUUUCUUUUUCUCUUCACAAAAUUAGGUAAUGAAGAAAAUAAUCCGCAUCCUGCCAAUUCAGACCAGUGUCCAGCAGGUCACCCUAGACUUUGAAAGGGCUGUCUGGGAGGUGCUUAGAUCCGUCCUGCCAGAAGUGCAGCUUCAGGGCUGCGUGUUCCUCUGGACCCAGGCUCUUUGGAGAAAGGUUUGUUCAUGUCAAGCACUCUUUUUUCGCUGCCGAAAAAAAAGGUGAAUAAAAGGCAAUAAACUGAUUAUUAAAGUUUAUUAAACAAAUUGUGAUUUCACAGCUUUAGCCUUUUUUAUGAAACAAAUAUAUACAACUGUUAGAACGUAAGCGUCAACCCUUACAGCGUUAGGACAAACUGUCAAUCCGUGUAUCAUCAGCUUUAGCAGUCCGUUCGUUAGUCGUACGUUUUGCUUAAAGUCAAAAAUUUUAACUUUUUGUCUACGCCAGAUGCAAGAGCUUGGCCUCCAAACUGCAUACAGUAACGAUGAAGCAACGUACCAGUUCAUCAGGAAACUAAUGGCCCUCCCGUUCCUCCCUCACUACGAGAUCAGACCGAUGUUCGUGCGCCUCAGCGUUCUGGCAGAGACCCAGCCCCUCCGCAAUCUUACUGACUACAUCCAGGAGCAGUGGAUUGAGAGCACCAUCUUCACCCCAAAAGAUUGGAGUGUCUUCAAGCAGCCGAUCCGGACCAACAACGAUAUAGAGGGGUGGCACAACGCCCUGAUACGCCGAGCCGGUGGCCAAUGCAGAUUACAGUUUUACCUAUUAAUCGAACUUCUUCAUCCAGAGGCCCGCUUGACGUCAAUAACAAUCAAGCUUGUUUCAGACAAGAAGUUGAAGAGAAUACAGAGAAGGAAGUACAGGCAACUCCAACAGAAACUAUUCGACGCCUGGGAGCAGUACCAGACAGGCAAUAAGAGUGCUUCACAAUUACUCCGCUGCUGUUCCCACUUGACCUGCUCGUUGCUAGUAAGACUAAAAUAG